GGCUCGCAAUCGCGCCUCCCGCGUUCGAAGCCGACGGAAGGGCUCCUCCGGCAGUUCUCCUUCGCUUAGCGUUGAAAGUCGCAAGACCGUUAACGCCGCUGGCCUAUCAUUAACACGCAGCACUGAGUUUCUUUACCGAAGCGCGUAGCCCGAAGACUAGUUCUCUAGACUUACAAAGCAGGCAAUAAAAACUAAGACCCAGGGUCAAUCGACAGGGCGCAGCUUUGCCGAGAAACUUCGCGCAACCCGCCGCGCCGCCGUAGGUUCGGUGUUUUCCGAUUUUCGAAUCGGAAAAAACCGCACCUCACCGGGGCAAAUGGUGCCCUCGACAGCGACGAGCUGCCUUCAACGCUGGAACAACUUUGCCCGGGUGAGCUAGGGCCGUGCGGCACCUAGUUGAUAAGAGCAGCUAGGCCAUUUAGAAGCGACGCUUCGCCUCCACAUCCAGUCUUCACAAACAGAAGCGGCAGACCCACAGCUUCUGUGCGACAUUACCAAGGUUGCCCGACUCCUGUUUGUGCUGCAGCGAGUGCCGGCCGGCUCCGUGCCAGAGCCGUCGGCAACCAGUGCUGCCCUCCUGUUGGGGAUUCUCGGCUCCUCCUCUUUGGUCAGGAACACACAGAAGACCCCACAGAAACUAUUUCGAGGAGGUGAUUCUGAGGCACUCGCCUCCCUCAAAUACGUGUUGUGCCACAGAAGACACCACCCUCACUUCCCAAGCUCACACUGACACAGUGCUGUGUCGUUGUAGAACUCUUGGAAGACUCCUUCAAGAGUGUUGUGAGCUCUAGCCCUCCAACAUGACGAUCACGUACUCACUGAACGUCUCGGAGGCCCGGCUGUGCGGCUUUGCCAAGCUGCUUCUGCGAUGGCGUGGCAGCAUCUACAAGCUCCUCUACCGGGAGAUGAUCAUCUUCUGUGCCCUGUACUUUGGCCUGAGCGCCCUCUACCGGCACAUACUCAACGAUAAUCAAAAAGCUAUCUUCGAAAGCCUGGCCAAGUACUGUGAGAAGUUCACGGACCUGAUCCCGCUGUCAUUUGUGCUCGGCUUCUAUGUGUCCAUCGUCGUUGGCCGCUGGUGGCAGCAGUACAUGAACGUGCCCUGGCCCGACAAGGCGGUGAUGGCCAUAGCAGCAUACGUGAACGGCACUGACGAGCGUGGCCGCGUGAUUCGGCGCACGAUGGCCCGCUAUCUGUCUCUCCUGUCGGCGCUCACUUUCCAAGCCAUCAGCACAGCGGUCAAGAAACGCUUCCCAACACUCGACCACAUGGAGGAAGCUGGCCUCAUGACGAAGGAGGAGCGGCGUGUGUACGACUCGAUCCCGGUGUCCCACGGCAAGUGGUGGGUGCCGGCGCAGUGGUUCGUCGCGCUGGCCGUUCGCGCCCGCAAAGAAGGACGCAUCAAGGACGACAUCCUGCUCAAGCAUCUGCUCCAGGAGAUGCACGAGUUUCGUGGCUGCUGCGGCAUGCUGUACAGCUACGAUUGGAUCAGCAUCCCCCUGGUUUACACGCAAGUGGUGACGCUGGCCAUCUACACCUAUUUCCUGGCCACAGUCAUGGGCCGGCAGUACCUCAGUUCGUCCUCUGGUGCUGAGAUCGACCUGUACAUCCCCAUCUUCACCAUCCUGCAGUUUUUUUUCUACAUGGGAUGGUUAAAAGUGGCUGAACAACUUAUAAACCCCUUUGGUGAAGACGACGAUGAUUUUGAACUGAACUGGUGCCUUGACAGAAACCUGCAGGUGUCAUUCCAAAUCGUCGACGACAUGCACCAGCGGCAUCCGCGUUUGGUGCGCGACAUCUACUGGGAUGAGGCAGAGCCACAGCUUCCUUACACCAAGUCGUCGGUGAACCUCCGCACUCAGCCACACCUGGGUUCCGCAAUGACUCUCGAUGUGGACCCCGAGGAGUCGGAGUUUGUUCCCAUGGAGACCAUCCUGGAGGAGGACCACGACGAGCACAAGUACUCAAGCCCCCCGACGUCGCCACCAAACGCAGCUGAUGUGCCACAGGUGCCUGGGCCACUUGGUUCCCAUUUCUACCACAUGCCGCUGCACCUUCAGCCAUCGGAGUGCGCACCGCCGUCCACCAUCUCGAAUCACCUCCUAGACAGCCCACUCAUCUCGACUCGGAACACCUCUGACAACACCACCCAGACCGGGUUUCGGAUCUUGAGUACCGGCAGUCGCCUUCUCAACCUCAUCAUUGGCAGCAGCAACGAAAACUUGCCACCGUCACCCAAGGUCAAGGAGCACCCACUCGCGCCGCACUUUGUGUCACGGCCACAAGGCAGCCGACGCAGCGCACGGACCGUGUCACUCUGCGAGGGCCUCGACCACCGCAGCCACGAAUUCGCGGUCGAGGAGCGCCGAUCGCUACUGCGUGGAGAUGACCGGCUGGCCACGAAGGAGUCGGUGCCAACGUCAGUCAUCGUUGACUUGACUGCACCUCCCACGACCAUCGAGGAGGCCAAGCAGACCGAUGAAUCGCAGCACGACAAAAGAACGGAAGAACAGCCGGAGCCAUCGCCGUACGAACCAAACAGUUCGACUGAGAGCCUGGUCGAGAACAGUCAGUGCAGCACCGACAGCUACACUCAGUUGCUGCCACCGUAAAGCAGUGGCAGUGACGUUAGUCGGCACAUCUGGCCGCAGCUCUAUAGACCGGUGGUCAACUUUGAGGAAAGCACAACUCAGGUGCCAGAUGGGAAGCACCCGAACGAAUCGGGUGCUGGAAAUUCUUUCUGGUGCAGUGGCCCCGAGUCACUGCUUUCCAAAGCUGUGAACCAUUAUGACACAAGCCUGCACGGCCUGCUAAUUCAAAUGAUUUUCGCACUGGCCAGACACUUAAGAGCAAGGAGAAGAUUUUGAGACACCGGCACAACCUACUGUAGCAUUUUGAUUUCGACUCUGGCUGGAAGUGUGGCUAUAUUGGUGAUUUUCAAAACCAGGCCCUGAAGCCAUUGUGACUUGAAAAAAAAAUUCAUGCAGUCCACUCUCAGAAGAGUCCAGGCUGAGUGCAGGAAGAGAAUAGCAAUCUCAGCCAUGUGUUCUCUCAUGCAUUUACGUGCAACCGAACUAUUGAGAACAGAGAAAGCAUAAAGGCAAAUGCUGAUCUAUUCAUGCGUGUAGCCCAUUGCAAAGGUACUGAACAAAGCAAGGGUGACAAGUAACAUUAAACUGCAUGCAGCUUUCACGCUGACAGCAUGGCAAAGAAUAUCAGCAUGGCAGUUGAGCGAAACCUGCUGAGAAAGUCUGAAUCGCUUGGAAUGAAAGCAGACAUGAUGUUAUUGUGCACCUGCAAGUGUGAAAAUGGACAAGCACAGUGGGUGUCCUAUGAUUCAAGACAACUCAUCUUAAGGUAUUCUAUGCCCUAAUCUGCAUGCUUUCGUGAAGUCUCCUACACAAGGUUUUCGGCAGGUGGCAAAAAAUAGAAACGAUGUGUACGAAAACCGCAACGCUGAUCCUUCACAAACGGUCCAUUUCGGGGCCGCACUUAAACACUCGUCCCACCAAAACGGCAAUCAGCCUUGGGCAUGUUGCCUUGGGCAUGUUGUCAUGGGCAAACCUGAUCAGUUUAUGUAGACAGUGUGUUAAUCACUUGUCAACAUUGAGGAACGGAUCUCUGACGCGUGAGGUUCACCGGUGAUAUUUUUGUGCUUCAUGACAGUGUCUGUGCAGCCGUUUGUGAUUAUUUGAACUGCGUGCUGACUAUAGUGCACAAGUUGUGAUGUGCACUCGUGACUUAGUGCCCACAAACAGCAACGCUCUUUUCUUUUUCUAUCGUUCUCACUUAGCGGCCCAUUUUAUUUGCACCGGAAGAGCUGAGAGACACCUUAGCUGUUGUGAAACUUCUUGGCACGCAUCUCGUGAUGAACUGAUUUUGUGUGCACCUCAUCCAUGCUUACAGAUGGGUUACAGUGAACUGCGACUCAGUUUCACAAACCGACUGUGAACCCUGACAAGCAACACAAACAUUUUCUCACACUAUUUUUUGAAACAAAGAUGCACUAUGAUUCAACCCCUGUGCCCCUACUGUAACCGGUGAAAUGACCAGUGAUAUUGAUCUGAUAUAGUAACACGAAGAAACAAGUGACCAUUUACAUUACCUUUGCCAUCAAGAUACUCUCGAAAGAUGUGGGAUAUAGUGUUGACCCUGAGAAAUUGCAAGUUCCAUGAGACUGUUUUUUUGCAUGCAGGUGUGAUGGUGAUCCUUGUGAACAUCUUGUGAGUAACCGUUUGAGUCAAAAACAUCUGCAUUGAUUUUAGUCAUCCAGUAAUCAAAGCCUUUGCCGGUCAGUAGCACUUCUUUGUGCCAUCUUUGGUCUCCCUAAAGGGCCAGUAAACAAGCUCCAACUUUUUUUUUUAAUUUUCCAAACAAUCUCGCCAAUUCUUACAGAAGGCCAUGGCAGUCAAAUUUUGUGAAUAUCAUAGCACUGCAUGUCAUGCAGCCGCUCCAUUAAAAAAAAGAAUAAUUCCCAUGCCCAUCUCCCACGCGUGUCUAAUCAAUACUACUUAGACACGAAGUGACAUAACCUUGCUGUCGAUUGGUCCUUUUCAGUACAAAACUAGGCCUUGGCCCUACAGUGAUGCAGAUUUGACCACUUUGACUUGGCAGUCCACGCUUUCAUUUUCCUGUGCUGCCCUCUGCCAUUUAGCUACAGCCCCGGGACUACCAAGACAAGCGGUAUGGCCAGAAUGAAAGCUUCCGAGACGAAAAUGUGUCUCGGGACUUUUACACUUAGGGAAGGGUGCAUAUUUCCCCGGUGCCUUGUACCCCUCACAUUGUGCUUUCUCCCGAUCCCGCUACCUCACGACACGGGAGAAGCCUUGCUCCAUUGUUGGCUGUGUGCCGAUGACAUAAUCAUUGUCGUGUUACGUCGCCAAAGUGGGCAAGGUCGCGACUAAAAGUUGCGCCUACCACUACUUGCUGCUGAGAAGGAUGGGAAGGCCAUGCGAGAAACCGAAACCAGCCAAAGUGGGUUGUUCUAUACCCUGUAGCUUCCUUAUUACAGCACUUAUUCGCAAACUUUUAGUGGAAGCAUGUUCACACCGUACAAGUGCACAGUUAUUUCUCCAUCAGGAAGUUUGGAGUGCAAGGUUGUUUACUGGUCCUUCAAGACAAAGGGGUAGACUGAGGAACCAGUGCAACAAGGCGGUCAUCACAUAGUAUACAGGACAGUGAUGCUCCCACUGUCAAGAGCGGUGAAGCUGUCUGUGCUAGUGGGACAGCCACAGUGCGUGUCAUCGAACAUUUCUGCAGGCAUACAGCAAUGUACUGCUGCAGUGUUUGAACCACUUCUAACUUGCUAGUGUCAAGACACUGAAAUCUUCUCGUUGUUGGGCUCUUGCAGCAAUUCGCACUUGGCGGUGGCGACGCCAAAGCAUGUCAAUUUAUUUUGAAAGGAGCCUCGGUACUCUUUCCCCCAUUUACAGGGUCUCGAGUGUCGUUUUCCAGCUCGAUUUAUUUUCCACGUCGCCUUGGCACUUGGCCAAGAAGUAAGACCGACUAGGUCGGCAGCUUCGGUACUGCAGAGUAUGUCCAAUGUCGCAAUGCCUCACAUGUGCAGGGCAAUAGACUGAUGCAGUUCUUCUGAGACAUAACGUUGCACUAUUUGUCAGUGUAACUCGACAUAUCCCAAGCAGCUGCCAAAGCACAGUGUGCGAUUUGGCAGAAAGGUCAAGUAGCAGUGUACGUUCAGCAAAUUGGACAAGGCUUCUGAGCGUGCUGAACUUCUUUGUGGAAGUUUUGCAGCAGAAAGUAUAGACGAUGCCUGUGACGGUACACGUCUCUAUGCGUACAGCUGUUCGUACGACAUGAACAAGUGACAGGUGUGAACGUCUAGUGAGCACAGCUCUGUUCUCUACGAGCUCUGUGAAGGGGAAAGGAGUCUCAUUUGUUCUUUGACCAAUGACCAUAUGCACUUUUUGGGUGAACAUGCACACACCACACGGGCUGAGCUUCUUAUUUAUUUACCUGUUAUAUGUCACUCUCUCGGCACUGUCGUUGUUUGAAUGUUUACUGUUGUGGCGUGUUUAAAGUGUAUGAGACUGCUCGUUUUUCAGUGUUACCCGUUUCUGGCGACAUGCCCCAGAUUGUGCAUGAAUGACACAGCCGUUCAUUGAUGAUAUGGACUGCUACCGUAUUGGCUUCCAGGAGCUGUAAAUGUGGCUGUAGUUGAUCGAGCGGGUCAAUGUCGUCCAACUGGUGAAAUUUUGUUUGCGUUGGAACGACAGCUACCAGUAUUAACGGCUUCACGAUUCAAAAUUAGCGAUUUCCAGCAGCAUUUGUUUUGAACAAACUGUCGUGAUAUGUCAAUCGCUGGCCAGAAUAUCGUUAGCAUGAAAACAGACUUCGUUCCCUCACAGUUGAAGGAUGUCACAACAACACUGUCCCCUGUUUAAUCCACUAUGUUUAGAACAAUAUCAAGAAGGCAUGUAUUGAGGAAUGGCCAAGUCCUUUUAUCCUGAAGCGUCACAGAGGCCUCAGCAAACGUAGAAAGCUUAUGAAUGAUGCAAGGAAAAUGUAGCGGUGUACGAUAAUGCUAUAAAUCAGCUGCAGCGUUCACGACACAGACAUUAGACACACCUUGCAAUGGACUUGUCAGUCCUAAUUUUCUGAAAGGACAUGUAACUGAACUGUACAGGAAAAUGGCCAUAGAAGAACCUCAGAAUGAUGCCAUGAAACUGUACUCGGGAAAGACCUUGCGAGACAAAUAUAUUAAUGCUCAGAUCAUUUCUCUGUGUUGACCAUGCAAAAAGAAAGGCUGCUCUUUGAGCCACCUCAUGCUAAAAGGACAACAUGCUCCCAGCAAUCCUGAUCCAGCUUUAUAGGAUGAUAACGGACAGCCUCCCCAACAGAGUUAUAUGCUUUACUUCCAAGAAAGUCUCUUAAGUGUGCUCUGUUAGACAUCCGUCAUAGAUCAACUAUGUUCCUUGUGUGUUUGACAAGUUGCUUAGCAUUGGGGAGGAUAGACUUUUCACCCAACGAAGCUGCGUUACUAGACAUUGUAUCGUCACAUCGUUUAUCACUUUCUCAACAUUUCCUUCUUCUUUUUGAGUUCCUGUUUAAAUGUGAUCGUUUCACUGUUCGCUACGGAUCUUUUACAUCCGACUCGCAGACUAGUGGAAUGGCUAAAAGGAAGACUUGGAGCUUUCUGUGAAAGCUUAUGUAAAAUAUAGACACUUGAGCAGUUCUCAGUUUCACCUGUUGGCUUUAUGUUUUUUUUAUGUGCAACUGCAUUUAUUACAGCUUAUUGUGGAUUCUAAUGAACACAUCAUGCCAGCACUACUUUGAAUCUUUACAUGAAGUGUUGGAAAGUUGUGGUUUCAGCUGAACAACAUAUGGAGUUCUUUCUUUCGUUGCUUUGCAUUUAGGAACUUUAGCCCUUAUACUGCUUGCGAAAAAGGAUACAAGCUGAAGACUCUCUUUGUUGUGCAAUGCCUGCAUUAAAGAAACUACUGUAUUGCUGAAAUAAAACUGCUUGAAUGCACUCUU